AUGAUUGCGCACGGGAAUGAAGUGUCAAAUCGCGAACAGCUACAAGCAGAACAACGGCGGCAGAGUGUGGAGGCGAAUGGUGAUGUGGAGAGGCGCGCGGAAGGAGGCAGUCAAGACAGUGACAUCUCAGAAACGAUUGGAUUCGAACCGGAACCUCCGCCACUCAACUACGAUCUGCGAUCACGGAAAUGGGCGAUACUCUUCUUCUGGUCAAUGGUGCUGAUUGACUGUAUCGUUGCGCCUGUCGCACUGUACUUCACACUCUGGUAUAUGACGGACCUUUCGCCCAACCUGGUCUUCACUAUCGUCACAGCUGCCCUAGGAGGCGUCAGUAUCUUCGAAUACUUCAUCCGCGCAUGGCGACUAUUCCGCAAGAACAGCACAUGUCGCGUAAUCGGCGCACACCGCUGGUAUUUCGACUGGUUCCACUUCAACUUCACCCUCGGCUGGGUCGCAGUGAUGAUCGAGUUGAUUGUCGGCACGGUCCAAGAGAACCCUCCCAUCCGCCUCCUCGCCAUGCCCCUCCCCUCGAUGCUCUUCGUCUUCGGCACCGAACUCCUCCUCGUCGACCUCCUCCGCUACUACCAAAUCCCCUCCCCAUGCCGCAUGUCCUCUAUCCCCAAGGGCGCCCAACUGCGUCCCGCAAUCUACACCAUGAUCGAAGACGUCAUCGCAGUCGACGGCAGCGGCGGCACACCCUACCGCGAAGCCCUCAACAAACGCUACGAAGCGAGCCAUGUCUUCCGCGCCAUGUUACGCCGUUUGGGUGUGUUUUGGGCCUUUGGAGCGGAAGGGUGUGCGGUUGUGACGACCGUACUGGUUUUUACGAUUCAGCAUGAGGCGGCUUUUGUGGUGGGGUGGAGUUUUCCGUUUGCGUGGGCGGCGGUGUGGGCGUUUGUGACGAUUGGGUAUGUUAAGAGGAAGUUGAGGGAGGAGAGGACGGUUUGGGAGGAGGAGAUUUUGGAGAAGAGUGGAGGGGUGAGGGUUGAGGAUGGUGGGUUGGCGGAGUAG